AUGGUCAAUCGACAACUGUCCUCGUCCUCCAAAGCCAAUACCACCUUGAACAAGGAUCAAUUUACAAUGAGCAGGCUUUGGAAGGAAUCCACUGAAAAAAUGUUAAAACAGGAAAUCUUCCCGAUAGGAUCCUUAGAUUCGUUGCGAUGGCAAAUGGCCGAAACCAUGGUUCUCCACUGGGCCGAUCCAAACGAACAAGGCCGAGGAGGUGGCAUUCAAAAAUGUUUGGAGUUACUGGAUCGUCUAAAUGCCGAAGUUGUUUACAGUUGCGACCAUACGGACGAGGAAGCCAAGCUUACCAUGGAUAUUUAUAUUUUACAUGCAGUUCUCAAAACCUGGAACCGGCUGUUCAAGGGUGGAAAAAUUCGAGUCUUACCAUCAGAGAUGCUGCAAAGAAUAGACGGAUACACAUCAAGAGUUCCUUGGUUGGAACCCAAUAUUGCAACAUACACCAUGAUUCUGGAUGCGGCAUCGCGUUGUCCUGAUCCGAAAGAACGCAUUGACUUUUCGGAAUCAUUGCUCUUGCGAUUGAUCAAGGAAGCUUCUGCUAGCAGGGAUUCUAGGGUACGACCGACUGUCGUCACUUUCUCCACCGUGAUCAAUGCCUAUGCUCGAAGUGGCAACCAGGAAGCCGCAGAACGGGCAGAGAAACUCCUCAAACUCUCGCAAUCUAUGUAUGAGGAACACGGUUGGACUGAUGCGGAACCUAAUGCGGUGGUGUAUACUUCCGUUGUGAAUGCAUGGGCUCGAGCUGGGAAUCCCAACCGGGCCCAGCAGAUCCUGAAGGAAAUGUACGAGGAUUCCAUGUUGAACGGAAAAGCUCAGAUGCGACCGAACCUGUGGACCUUCAAUACCGUCCUUUCCGCUUGGUCGAAGAGUUCAGAGAAGAACGCCGUCGAGUCGAUGGAGAAGCUUCUUGGCACCAUGAAAGAUCUCUUUGAGCAGGGCAUCUUGGAAACCCGACCCGACACGGUCAGCUAUAAUUGUUUGCUUCACGCUUUGGCCCGACGACGUAGGAGCAUUCCAGAUGCUCCUGUCAUGGCAGAGUCGCUCGUGUCUGAAAUGUUGCAGCUUUCCAAGGAGUUUGAAGAUCGAUCCAUAGCCCCGAAUGAGAUAUCGUAUACCGCUCUCUUCAAGAUCCUCAAUUCGACAAAGUCUGUGGACUUGUCCAAAAGAGCAGAGUACUGGGUGAAACAAAUGAACAGCAAGGUGCUAGGAGAUGGAUUUGUACAAGAUCAAUUGAAGCAAAUGGGAUGGAAAGGAACUACGAAGUGA